AUGGGUAAAGAGGGAAAGAACAACAAAGAGCGUCUCGACAAAUAUUACCACUUAGCGAAACAAUACGGGUAUCGAGCUCGUUCAGCUUUCAAAUUAAUCCAGAUGAACAAACGAUAUGAUUUUUUAGGGUCUGCGCAUGUCCUUAUAGAUCUUUGUGCUGCGCCUGGUGGGUGGUGUCAAGUAGCGCAAAAGGAAAUGCCAGUGGACCAACGCAUUUUUGGUGUUGAUUUAGAGGCGAUUCUUCCAAUUCCAAAGGUUAAGACGUAUGUUGGCGAUAUUACAACGCCCAUGUGUUUUGCUGAAAUGAAAAAGUUAAUGAAAGGAAGUCAAGCGGAUGUAGUGUUACAUGAUGGUUCUCCCAAUAUGGGUAAGUCGUGGAUUCAAGACGCAUACACGCAGUCUGAAUUGUGUAUUGCUGCUCUUAAGUUUGCGGUCAAUUUCUUAAGAAAAGGUGGGUGGUUUAUAUCUAAAGUAUUUAGAUCACAAGACUAUUACUCCAUUUUAUACGUCUUUGAAAAGUUCUUUAAGACAGUGACUGCCACAAAACCGCCAGCGUCUAGAAACACAUCUGCUGAGGUUUAUUUGGUGUGUAAAGAUUUCUUGGCUCCAUCGAAAUUUGAUCCCAACUUACUCGACCCCAAAUUUGUAUUUUCAAAAGAAGAGGAGACUGUCAUCCCCGACUUGUUCUCUUCAAAAAGAUCGAAACCACAGGGCUAUGACACUUCAAAGUCAUUAAUCUACAACGAAGGUAAUGCCAAAGAUUUUUUGAAGUGUGAAGAACCCAAGAAUUGGUUAGCCACACAUACUAAGAUGGUAUUUGAUGAAGGUCUCCCGGUCAAUGAGAAAGUGAUAGCGUAUGGUGAAGACAUCAAAAUGCUUGGAGUAGCGGAGUUAAAGGUACUUUUGAAGUGGAGGGAGUUUGUUCUUCGCAAGAUCAAGAUCGCUCAAAACGAUGCGGAGCAGAAGAAAAAGAGUGAAGAGAAGAAGAAGGAGACUACACGAGUUCUAACUGAAGAAGAAGAGCUUGAGCUUGAAUUGAAGCGCGAAGAGGAAGAGAAAGAUGAAGAAGAGUUGCUUCGCAUCAAAAAGAAUGAGAAACAGAAGAAAAAGGAAGAGAAACAGAAGCGUAAGGACAAACGAGCUGAGGAAGCUGGUGUUGAUUUUGCACCCAAAUUUGGAGUUGAUGCGUCUGCUGAUUUAUUUACGAUCAACGAUAUUAAAAAUGAUGAAGAUAUGCAACUGUUUUUGGAAUAUGAUGGGGCAAAGAUACAAGAGGAAUUGGACGAAGAAGCCAAUAAAGAAGAAGAAGAGUACAAAAAGGCGGAGAAUGAGAGACUUGGGAAAAUGACAUACGACGAGCGGUUGGCUGAGCGAUUUGACAAUGAAUACGACGACUAUUUGGAGUCGCGUGGGUUAACCAAAAUCAAAGCCAAAGUCGGGAAGAUGGAAAAGGAGAAAGAAGUACGUGAGACUCUUGGAGAUGAAGAUGAACUCCGACAAGCAAAGCAAGACCCGACACAAGAGAAGAUCGAACAUGUUGAGGAAGUCAGAAACGAGAGAGGAAAGUAUGAGAGAGAGAUGAGUAAAGGUGGUGAAGAGAAGUGGUGGGGAUCGAGUGGAAUGGAAGAGAUAUCUGGGCAAAUGGCUAUUUUAGAGCAAGUUUUGAGAGGAGAUGUUGAGAAGAAAGCAGAUACUCAAAAUUCUGUCGAAGGUUCAGAAGAACACAGCGAGGAUUUAGAACAAACUAAAAAGGAGAAUGAAGAAGAAGUCUCAUCAUCAGAUGAUGUAGAAGAAGAGUGGGGCCCUGAAAUGGGGAAAGCCAAGUUGACCCAUGCACUGAGUUUAGCUGGGCGAAUCGUUCAAGACCCCAAACAACGCAAAAGAAUGCUUGAAGCUUCUUUGAUGAAUAAAUACGCGACCCCUGAUGAUGAAGACACUCCAAUUUGGUUUAAGAUGGAGGAAGAGAAACACUCGAAAGUACUUCUUCCAGAAACUAAAGAGGAAAUUGCUGCUAUGCGCGCACGAUUUAAAGAAAUUGAUUCUCGACCCGUUCGUAAAGAGCUUGAAGCACAGGCGAGAAAGAGAAAGAAAUUGUCUUCGAAGAUGAGAGAAUUGGAACAGCAAGCCACUAAGAUCGAAGGCGAUGGCGAGAUCAAUUCAAGAGAACAAUUGCGCUCAUUACAGAAGAAGGCCCAGAAAUUGACUAAGACAUUCUCGACGAAGAACGGAGUCACUUUUGUCAACUCGGCAAGUGGGAAAAAGAUCGGAGGGAGUAGAGGACGAGUGAAGUUGGUUGACAAGAGAAUGAAGAAGGAGUUCCGCGCGAAGAAGAGAAUAGAGAAAAAGCCACGCAAAGGAAAGAAGUAA